GGACGUGCUCAGAGGACGCGGACGCUGACGAGGCGGCCUCGCCACUGCUCCACCGGGAUCCUGGACCAGACCAGCCGCCUCUCUGCGAGCGCGCCACUCUCCUGUCGCAGCUGACCCUCCGCGGCCGCCGAAGCCACCCCGCGGGGACAUUCAUUCUCGCGGGCGAAGGAGCUUAGGGGCUGCGUUGUAGGGGUUUUGUCCCCUUCUGCCUCUUUUUUUCCCUCCCCCUCCCCCCUUUUCUUCUUUUCUGUGUUGUUUUGCCUAUGUUCGGGAAACCAGACAAAAUGGACGUCCGGUGCCACUCGGACACGGAGGCCGCCAGGGUCUCGAAGACCACGCACAAGGAGAGCCGGGAGAUCAAGGGCGCCGAGGGGAGCCUUCCGGCCGCCUUCCUCAAGGAGCCGCAGGGCGCCUUUUCGGCGUCUGGCGCUUCGGAAGAUUGUAACAAAAGUAAAUCCAAUUCCUCCGCAGACCCGGAUUACUGUCGCCGGAUCCUAGUCCGAGAUGCCAAGGGGUCUAUCCGAGAAAUCAUCCUGCCCAAGGGCUUGGACCUGGACCGGCCCAAGAGGACACGCACGUCCUUCACGGCGGAGCAGCUCUACCGGCUGGAGAUGGAGUUCCAGCGUUGCCAAUAUGUGGUGGGCCGGGAGAGAACCGAGCUGGCUCGGCAGCUCAAUCUUUCCGAGACCCAGGUGAAGGUCUGGUUCCAGAAUCGGCGAACCAAGCAGAAGAAGGACCAGGGCAAGGACUCCGAGCUGCGCUCCGUGGUGUCAGAGACCGCCGCCACGUGCAGUGUGCUGCGGCUGUUGGAGCAGGGCCGCCUGCUGUCGCCGCCUGGCUUGCCUGCUCUGCUGCCGCCCUGUGCCACCAGCGCUCUCGGCUCAGCUUUGCGGGGGCCCAGCCUCCCAGCUCUGAGUGCUGGCGCUGCCGCGGGCUCGGCUGCCGCGGCCGCCGCUACUGCCCCGGGCCCCGCAGGCGCUGCGUCUCAGCACCCGCCAGCCGUGGGCGGCGCUCCCGGCCCAGGGCCUGCAGGGCCGGGGGGACUGCAUGCGGGGGCACCCGCUGCCAGCCACGGUCUCUUCAGCCUGCCGGUGCCGUCGCUUCUAGGCUCUGUUGCCAGCCGCCUGUCUUCUGCCCCGUUGACGAUGGCUGGUUCGCUAGCUGGGAAUUUGCAAGAACUUUCUGCCCGGUACCUGAGCUCCUCGGCCUUCGAACCUUACUCCCGGACCAACAAUAAAGAAGGGGCCGAGAAAAAAGCGCUGGACUGA